UUCAUAAAUAAAAGAAAAUUCUCAACCUUUCUUUUCUUUCUCUCUGACGCGUUCUUCUUCUUCCUUCUCAUCUCUUUCCCAGAAAGUUAUCAUUAAUCCCUUUUUUUCACUUUCUUCCUUUCCUCUCCUCUGACUUUUUUUUUCUCGUAACUAUAGUUUUCAAUUAGAUUCUUCUUCCUCGUAUAUACAUAAAAUCAUUUUUCGAUCUGAGACGGAAUCAACAAAGAAAAUCCCGCCGGAAUCCAUGGCUACGGCAGCGAUAUUCUCAUCUCUACGACGGAGGAGAUCGCCGUCACUGGAAGCCUUUCUAUCUCCCGUUGACCUCUCCGGCCUCCCCCUCGUUCAAACCCUAGCCGCAAUCUCAACGGAAAUCAUCUCUUCCUUCAGCGGCACACGGUUCUCCUUCCAACGAAGAAACGCUCGCUCGCUGAUUCGUAAGAUCGAGAUCUUCCUCGUGUUAUUCGAAUCCCUCGCGGAGUCACGCUGGGGCUCGACGCCUUCAUCUUCCUCGUCGUCGUCUUCCACAGCGUUGCUGUGUCUCAAGGAGCUCUAUCUCCUCCUCUACAGAUCCAAGAUCCUCCUCGAUUACUGCGCUCAUUCCAGUAAGUUAUGGCUAUUACUCCAAACUCAAUCCAUCUCCGGCUACUUCCAUGAUUUGAAUCAAGAGAUCUCGACGCUUCUCGACGUCUUCCCGGUCAACGAUCUCAACCUCAGCGACGACGUCAGAGAGCAAAUCGAGCUGCUCCAGAGCCAAUCGAGGAGAUCGAGAUUGUACAUCGAUAACAACGACGAGUCGUUACGCAGAACAUUCUACUCCUUCCUCGACGGAUUCGAGCACGGGGAGAUACCUAACACGCUAGCUCUGAGAUCGUUCUUCGUAGAGAAGUUAGGAAUUAAAGAUUCGAAAUCUUGCCGAAGCGAAAUCGAGUUCUUGGAGGAGCAGAUUGCGAAUCACGACGGAGAUGUGGAGCCUACAGGUUCUGUAAUCAACGGGUUUGUAGCCAUCACACGGUACUGUAGAUUCUUGCUGUUUGGAUUCGAAGAAGAGUGGAGAAUCAAGAAUAAUAAUCCCAAGAAGAAGAGCAAAGGAGACGGAAACGACGGGUUCAUAACAGUUCCAAAGGAUUUCGUUUGUCCGAUCUCUCUAGAUCUGAUGACGGAUCCUGUGAUUAUAUCCACAGGGCAGACUUAUGAUCGUACCUCCAUAGCUAGGUGGAUCGAAGAAGGGCACUGUACUUGUCCCAAGACGGGGCAAAUGCUCGUGGACUCUCGUAUCGUGCCUAAUCGAGCUUUGAAGAAUUUGAUCGUGCAGUGGUGCGCAGCGAGCGGGGACUCUUAUGAGUCCGAGUUUGUUACAGAUUCUCCGACAAACGAGGGGUUUGUGUCUGGUCUUCCGACAAAAGCUGCGGUUGAAGCGAAUAAAGCUACUGUUUCGAUACUUAUUGAGUAUCUAGCGGAUGGGUCUGAAGCGUCUCAGACUGUUGCCGCGAGGGAGAUUCGUCUUUUGGCGAAAACCGGGAAGGAGAAUAGGGAGUUUAUUGCGGAAGCGGGGGCGAUACCGCACUUGCGGAGGCUUCUCAAGUCGGAGAAUGCUGUCGCGCAGGAGAACUCUGUGACGGCGAUGCUGAACCUAUCGAUAUAUGAGAAGAACAAGAGUCGGAUCAUGGAGGAGGAGGAUUGUUUGGAGGCUAUAGUAAGCGUUCUUGUGUCUGGUCUCACAGUGGAAGCGCAGGAGAACGCAGCCGCCACGUUGUUUAGUCUCUCCGCGGUGCACGAGUAUAAGAAACGGAUAGCGAUGGCUGAUCAAUGCGUUGAGGCGUUGGCUUCGCUGCUUCAGAACGGAACACCGAGAGGGAAGAAAGACGCGGUGACGGCGUUGUAUAACUUAUCGACGCAUCCAGAGAACUGCAGUAGAAUGAUCGAAGGAGGAGGAGUGUCGAGUCUCGUUGGAGCUCUCAAGAACGAAGGAGUGGCGGAGGAAGCAGCAGGAGCUUUGGCUUUGUUGGUGAGACAGUCUCUUGGAGCUGAGGCUAUAGGGAAAGAGGAGUCCGCCGUGACGGGGCUCAUGUGGAUGAUGAGAUGCGGGACGCCGAGAGGGAAAGAAAACGCGGUGGCUGCGUUGCUUGAACUAUGUAGAAGAGGUGGAGCCGCUGUGGCGGAGAGAGUGUUGAGAGCACCUGCGAUUGCGGGAGUGCUGCAGACGCUUUUGUUUACGGGGACGAAGCGGGCUAGACGGAAAGCAGCUUCGCUUGCUCGGGUUUUCCAGAGGCGUGAGCAUGCGGCCAUGCGGGCAGGUGGUUAUGGGUUUGUAGGGGAUGUGAACGGGAAUAGAGACGGCGGCAAUUUUACGACGGAUGUCUCUGUUCCGAUGUCAAUCUCCAUCUCCGUACCUGUAUUGUGAUCUAUGUUUAGUUAAAAGGUUACAAGAGGGAACUUUCUUUUGUCGGUGGAUGGUGGUGUUUGUCAAUAUUAUACAUUUAUUGGUUGGGAGGUAUAAUACAAAGUGAAAUUUAAGAGAAGAUAUGUAUGUUUAUCUUUCAGGAGAACAAAACCUGAAAAAGAGAGCGAGAACAAAAAGAGUUUAGUGUUAUGAUCUUUGUGUGUAUUGUAUUUGUUAUGUAAGCUAUGAGACCUAUUGCAUUGUGAUGGUAAACUAAUAAGGAAGGAAAUUGCGUUUUGUUACUGUUAAUCA